AUGACGAUAGAUUUCAUGGCAGAUCUGGCAAAUGUGGUGGAGAUACAAGGAAAACUCGAAGAGGCAGAGACUAUGAGAUCACGGAUGCGAGAGGCACUGGAGAUUCGAGAGGCGCGAGAAGCUAGAGAGUUUAUGGCGGAGGAAGAGACUAGAGAGGCUAGAGAUAUCAUUGAUGCGCAAGAGGCGCAAGUGGCUCAGGAAGCCACAGCGAUGCCAAAAGGGCUGAGUACGAAAGUUCGGAACAUGUCACACAGAUUCGUUUCCGAGUCGGACCUUGAAGACGUUAUUUUUGAGUCUCGACGCCGUACCGCAGGACUAGCAGAAUAG